AAAAAAACAAAAAAAAACAAAACCCCGUUAAUAAGUUAAGAUAAAUGAUAGAGGGUUGUGAGGCGAGAGAAAACCCUAAAGAGAAACUGAGGCAGCCGCAGAGAGAAAGAGAGAAGGAGAGAGAAAGAGAGAGAGAAUGGAGGAGAUGAUGAAAACGACCAAGGCAGGGGAGGAGUUGGUGCAGGCGAAGAUGCGCCGUGAGAUUACGAAGCUCGAUGAUGAGGAGCUUUGGGCAGAAUUUGAACCGUUGGAAAUUGAUAGGAUCGAGAGUGGUGAAAUCAAACCCAAGACCUUGAUCACUAAUUGUGGUUGGUUCCACUCUCCACAAUUUCGUGAGAGGGGACCUUUAAUUGUCAAGGAGAUGCUCUCAGUGUUCCCUAAUUCUACUUACAUUAAAUGGAAGAGAAGGUGGAUCCCCAACUCGCUAAAAGACCUGAUAAGAAUAGCAAAAGAGAGAGAGUGUACAUCUCUCGUUCUAGUUGAUACAAACCAUUUGGGACAUGAUGAAAUAUGUAUUGUAAGCUUGUUGAAUGGUGCUGCCGCUUAUUUCAGGAUUUUUAAUCUCAUCCCACGUGAGGAUAUACCGGAUCAAGCAACCCCCCCGACACGCCUCGAUCCUUAUGUUCGUAUGGCACGUUUUGCUUCUCAGGCCGGUCUUGGCCUUAGCAGAUUGAUACAAUCACUCUUCCCCAAGGCCACUCAUUCCAGAACCAACAAACCCUGUCAAAAGAACCGUGCAUUUUUCCAGUACCAGGAUGGUUUUGUUUUUUACCGACAUCAUUGGCUCCACUCUGAGAAAGCAGCCCUUUCAGAAGAAAGGCCAAAGCACACCAGGAAGGAAGUUGGACCUCGUUUCCAACUGUUGUUUAAAGGUGUGAAGAAGGUAUCACUUGACACGGGGAGUUUAAAACUUAUCUGCAUGCCUCCUGCCUCUCAUUAUGACUACCCAGAACGUCAGCUUAUGAUGCCGCCUCUUUAAUAUGCUCUCAUGUUUUUUUCUUUUCUGUACAACAAAAACAAAACUUAUGGUUAUUUACGUUUGCUGUAGUAUUCUGACAUGGUCUUUUGCCUUGGGAUAUUUUUAUACUAAUAGAUUAUUUAAAAUUAUUAAUUUUCAACG